CUUUGCUACCUAACUACCAUUACUUUACAUUACAUUAUAUAUAAAUUUGACUCUCAUUUUUCCUUCAAUCUAUAAUAAUCUAUACUUGUUGAAAGUAAAACAUCAAAAGAGUGAGAAAAAUGAGGAGAAAUAAUAUUUGCAAAAGCUUCUUUUUAUGGAUGGUAUUGGUAAUGGUUUCUACCAACAACUUAGUCUUACAAGUUACUUCAACCCAUGAACCAUAUGUUCAUGCUUCUUCUUCAGGUCAUCAAAGAUCUUCCCACAAGCACAACUCUAAGAGCCAAAGGAAUUGUAAUACCCCACCUACACGUGGCGGUGGAGGUGGAGGAAGUGGUGGUAGCGGUGGGCAUGUCGGCGGCAGCGGUGGAUACUACCCUUCACCUAAACCUACUCCUCACCAUGGAGGUGGUGGUAGCCACCAUAAACCUCCAAGACAUACACCCACUAAUCCUCCUAGCGGUGGCGGAAAUUCUCCGUGUGGUUCGACACCAUCGUAUAAUUCACCGCCACCUUCUAGCGGUGGUAGUGGUGGUUAUUAUCCUCCAACUCCGUUGACUCCGAUACCGGUAAUCAACACUCCACCAUCAUGUUCACCACCACCUUCUAGUGGUGGCGGUGGUGGUUAUUAUCCUCCAACUCCAACGACUCCAACACCGGUAAUCAACACUCCACCGUCGUGUUCACCACCGCCUUAUAGUGGUGGUGGUGCUGGUGGUUGUUAUCCUCCAACACCAUCGACUCCAACACCGGUAAUCAACACUCCGCCAUCAUGUUCACCACCGCCUUCUAGUGGUGGCGGUGGUUAUCCUCCAACGACUACAACACCGGUAAUCAACACUCCACCACCAUGUUCACCACCGCCUACUGGCGGCGGCAGUGGUGGUUAUUAUCCUCCAACUCCCUUGACCCCAACACCGGUAAUCAACACUCCACCGUCAUAUUCACCACCGCCUUCUAGUGGCGGCAGCGGUGGUGGUUAUUAUCCUCCAAGUUCCCCUUUGGUGCCUUCACCUCCAAUGGUUCCAAUUGUUCAAUCUCCACCUUAUACUCCAGGGUCUCCUCUUACUCCUUAUGAUCCUAAUAAUCCACCUUUUCCAUGCACUAUUUGGGGGAAGAAUCCUGCCCUAAUAUUUGGGGGUACUAGGGUGGUGGGCCACAAUAGGAGGAUUAUGGGGGGUAACAACUUUGCCAGGACUAAGUUCAACAACAAGUCUACAACAAGUUCUUACCAACCCUACAAAUGAAGGGUAUGGAUCCCUUUACAGGGAAGGCACUGCUGCUUUACUUAAUUCCAGGGCUUCUAAGUAUUUCCCUUUCUCCCCCCACCAAGUCAAAAACUUCUUCCUUGCCUCCCUCGACUCUGAUCAAGCAGCCGCGGCUCAAGCCAAAGUCUUCAAACUUGCUAAUGAGAACAAGUUCAAGCAUACCUCAUCAUCUAACCCUUGAAAGCUAGUUUAUAUGAUCGAGAUUUUGUUAUUAGUAUCAAUAUUAGUCGUACUAUGUGUAAUUUGGAAUAGUUUUAGUUUGUACGUUGUGACAUGUGCAUGUUUGUUUUUGUUAAAUCGUAACCAAAGACAAUGUCGGAAGUUAUUUUCUGUGUAUGAUGAUAUUUUAAAUGCGACUUUAAAGAAUAUAGUUAAGCUUUUCUU